UUUUGCUAACCUUUUCUGUCUGGGGCAACCCAGCGCUUCAACGGCUCUUAAAAUCUUUAAUAAUUUGCUGGUAACCCACUGUUCCACUUUCACUCUGUUUUGGCUAGUCUGCUUGUCUGCCUACAAUGCAAGCAGAGAAGCAGCAAACUUGGAAAAUCAAAGUACAUGCUAGAGCCAAGAAAUUCCAUUUCAAAUUCAAAGCAACAAAAACAGAUCAACCCAUCUGGAAGUCGCCCAAAUUCUCAAUCUUUCUUAGAAUCCAUAGAUUUUUCCUCCAAGUGAAUACAGAAUCUCGGAAUUCAAUUCCUAGAUGGAAAAAACCAAGAACCCUGAAAUCUAAAUUCCUCAGAUUUUUUCAAAAGUUCAAGACUUUACCUUCAAAGAAACAGGCAAUUGCAGCAGAGAAAACCCAAAAUCUUCAAAACCCAGACAGUAAAUUACAUGUGGAUCGACAGAGAGAGUUUUCUUACAAGAAGCCAGUUUGCAUUGGAUCUUUGCUGGUCGGGACACUGGCAUUGCUUUCAGAAUCAAUCUGUGAGAGAAAUCAAAAGGGAAUUAUCAUCCAUGGUUCAUCUGUCUUGUUAUUUCUUGCUUUCUUGUUCAAGAAAUAUAUAACGGGAAAGGCCAUGACUUUAUUGGUGUUUUUAACAAUGGCAACUGCAGUUUGUGCAGUUAUGUUUCGUUUAGACGAGUACAUGAAUUAUGAUCAAGGUUUCGUCUCAGAAUUUGUCUGGAAGGCAUGGAAUUAUGCUGCCUCUUCUGGGUGUUUUAUAUGAGCUUUCUCAGGUAGUAUCAUCUUUUUCAUUUUCUUCUAGCCCUUCUGGUCAUGAUUUUGCUAGAUGGUUAGUUGCCUGACUAAGUUGACAUUAUUCAGGUAAUUUUUUCAAGGUUUGCCAAUCUAUGGGUGUAGUGCAGUCAGAGGAUUUGACAUCCCAAUUAUCCUAUGAAUGGUAGCCUUAAUGCUACAUUGUAGAUGGAAUCAAUUCUUCUUUGAUUAGAUUAGGUGAUUUCUUCUUCUUUUGUCUAUCUUUUACCACACACCACACAUGCCUAUUGCUCAAAGAAAAAACAGCGUGCAUUUUUCCCACGCCAUUAUUUUCUCAACAUCUAUGAAAAUGAUCAAGUUCAAGUUUU